UGAGAAUCCGGUUCGCGUUUUGCUCUGUGCCCGAGGGCUAUUGUGAGAGUGCCAGUCCUGCCAAAACCAGACACAAACGAGUGUGUGUUUAGAAACCACCGACAACUGAACAACUACGAGAAUGAACGACCCAGAGGACGUUAGAUGAGGGAACUUGAAAGUCCCUUUACUGCAUCUGUAGGACAUGAAUAAACAUUAUUGCAGUUCCCACAUGUCCAUCUGCAGCUCUUGGGUGUGGUUUCUCAUAAAUCUCAUCUAAAUCAUCUUAAUAACCAGGUGUCAACACUGUAAAGUGUGCCUGUAAUGGAAGGGGAAGCUACAUUAGAUCUGUGUCACCUGACUGAGGUGGAGCAAACUGUAAUUCUCAAUGUUCUGCUGAGAGAUGCUGAACUACGCAGCAAAGAGGAAGGGAGAGUACGUAAGCUUCAGCAGACGGUGUCAGACCCUGUCCGUCUGCGCUCUCUCUCGGGCGCCUGGUUUCAUGAAGAGCGCGCUAAGAGAUAUGAGAAGGGAGGAGCUGAUGUCGUGCAUUCAUCAAUACGCCGUAAACGACAUGAAAAAGAUAUACCCUUAACAGCAAUAUUUGGUGAAGAAAAAGGUCAUAACUCUUCUCAAUUACAUGAGCAGAGAGAGGAAGAAAAGAGUACAGAAUUGCAGGAAAAUAUAAGUGUAAGAGAGGAUGACAAGGGUCAGGAAGAGAAGGAAAGAGAAAAAGAAGAUGGAGAAAGUGUCAUUCCUAAGCUAACCCCUGAACCACAAUCCAGGACAAGACACAUCACAAAGAAGAACGCAGCGAUAGGAAAUGGUCUUGAAGGAGGUUUUGGAGAGUCAGCAGAGAAAGAAAGGAGAAUUUUGCCAAGUGCAUCACCAUCUCUGCAGAUCGACUCAGAGGGGGACAUUGACUCUGGCAGCACUGAACUAGACUACACUAGGUUUGGCUCAGUUAGCAGCUUGACCUCCCAUCAUAUGAUGAAUGGCAGUUUGAUGAGCCUGUACAGUGUGGGCGAUUUCGGGGAUGUUGUUGUAUCAGGGCGGAUUCAGUUCUCUUUGCAGUAUGACGUCAAGAAGGAGGAGCUUCACGUGCACAUAAUACGCUGCCAAGACCUCGCAUCGGCCCGCAAAAAUCGAUCGGACCCAUAUGUUAAAGUUUACCUUCUCCCCGACAACACGUCCCGCAGUAAGAAAAAAACUGCAGUGAGGAGGAAAACAUUAAAUCCAGUCUAUGAUGAAACCAUGAAAUACAAAGUGCGCAGACUGGACCUCCAGGCGCGUGUGUUGAGUGUGUCAGUCUGGCACUUGGAGAGAAUGAGGAGAAACCUCUUCCUGGGCGAGGUGGAAGUGAGGCUGGGUCAGUGGAACUGGAGCCAGAGCCAACCAACCUGGCACAACCUCCAGCCAAGAGUUCAGUUAAAUCCAGAUGCCAUCAUCAGCAGAGGAACCAUUCUGUUCUCAAUUAAGUUUGUUCCUCCGGGUUCAGAAGGAAAUGGUUAUCCACUGACUGGUGAGCUCCAUAUAUGGUUGAGAGAGAUUGUUGGUCUACUUCCCACAAAGCGUGGCGCACCCAAUACAUAUGUGAAAAGCGUGGUAUUACCAGAUGAAAGCGGCGUCAGUGGCCAGCAGACUCGGCCGGUGCGAGGUUCUGUCAAUCCAGUGUUCAACCACACCAUGGUUUAUGACGGGUUUCAGUCCAGUGACCUCAUUCAGGCAUGUGCAGAGAUAACGGUCUGGAAUCUACAUCCCUCCAGCUGUCUGGGUGGAGUACGACUCAGCACAGGCUCAGGAGUGAGUUACGGUCAGUCAGUUUGCUGGAUGGAUUCUACAGAAGAUGAGAUCAGUGUGUGGUCAAGUGUGAUUCAGAGCCCCAGCAGCUGGGUGGACACUAGUCUGCCAAUCAGAACCGACUUACAGCUCUGCUCUGAGUGAACUUUGUUUAACCUAUGCAGAUUCAGCCAUGUGACCUUGGUUGCAAGACAUUUUGAGUAAAGACUGGAAUACACUGCACAGCUUUUUCUCAGAUUUUUGAUCUGGCCAAGUUGACAGGAGCUGCCAAAAGUCAGAACCAGUCUGCAGAUUAUAGUCAAUCGGAGCUGACAGAUUUCAUUGUGUACGAUCGGCACAGACUUUUUAGCUUCAGACUAGGAUUCCUUCCAGUUGGAGAAUAUGAAACAUGUUUCAUGUUUUAAACACGUUGUUAUCUGACUUAUGUAAGCCAUUCACCUCCAAAAACCGUAGCAAUCUGUACAGGACAGAAAUGAGAUCAUCCUCCACUACAUACAAUUCUACAAAGGGAAUGGAAACAAUCAAACACAAUUUGCAUAUGUAGUGGAUUUGUUACAAAACAGUCCUCACACAUUUCUUUGAGUAGUUGCCAACACGAUAGAGUGUUUUUGAAGAGUUUGUCAUGCAGAUCUGAAGGAGAAAAAUGAGAAUUCAUUGUCUUAACAAAUAGUUCAACUAACUUAUACUGUUUUCUUAUGAGAGUAGUGGUAUUUUCAUGUUUCCUUAAUGCUCUUUUGAAUAAUUACAUUUUGAUAAAAUUUUGUGAAAUGAAUUAUUUGUAGCUGGUCUGUUUAUAAAGUGCUCAUUGCUGGUCAAACCUCAAAUGUAAUGAAAUACUGAUUAAAACCACACUUUUUCUUCAAUUAAAUGUACAUUGCAUCAGUUUUCACAAAAUGACUGUCUAUGUAUCAAAUCAAGUUCUGAUUAUGUAUAUUCUUUUUGUCAGAUUAUUCAAUAGUCUGUUAAAACCAGUGUUUAUUUUUGCUUACAUUAGGAUGAAUUAAAAAAAAAAUGAGAUUCUGUAUAAUUUUAUACAUCUUUAUUUAACUUGGUCUCCAUUUUUUCCACAGUGGCAGUAGCCCAUCUCAUGUUUCAAGCAUUUCUGCAAAGUUAGGCUACUUCUCAUCUCUGAUUUCUCUUGUGAUUUCGCACAUGAUUCUUGCUGUGUCUCAUUUCAGGGUGUGACUUUAAACUUCAACCAUGGCGGAGGAGAAAACGACUGAUGGUUAAGUUUUAUCCGUUUUAUCUUCAACUUCUAUACUGCUUUCUGUUGUGUUUUCAGUCGUGUAUAUUCACGUAACCUAUUCGAUGUUUAUUGUGUGCAUUUUAUCCAGGGAAAACAUUUGACGGAAAUUCCUGAACAGUCUCAGUAAAUGUUUGAUUGCCAACAAA